UGUCUCUCAGCGUCUGUCCUCAUAUUGGACAGUUUGCGUCCAGCCUUCUGCAGGAAGUCAACAUGUUUCUGUUUGACUUGUUUUCAGCGACGAGCUGGACUUUGCUGGCUCUCUUCUUCACCCUCUUGAUGCUGUAUGGCAUUUGGCCAUAUAGGUUUUUCAAAAACUUGGGGAUUAAGGGUCCAAGACCAUUGCCGUUUAUUGGAACACUUCUAUAUUUCAGAAAGGGAUGGGUCGGUUUUGACCGUGAAUGCCAGGCCAAGUACGGGGACGUCUGGGGGACCUUUGACGCACGACUACCAGUUCUGAUGGUGGCAGACCCGGAGAUCGUUAAAACUGUGUUGGUGAAGGAGUGCUUCUCUGUGUUUACCAACCGCCGGGAUAAUCCAGCGGCAGGACCUUUGGCCGAUGCAAUUACAACGGUUAAAGAUGAGCGCUGGAAAAGGAUGCGGAGCACUCUGUCACCAUGCUUCACCAGUGGAAGAAUGAAACAGAUUUUUCCCAUCGUCGCUCGCUAUGCAGACCGACUCACCGAAAAUCUUGGAGCAACGCAUUCGGUGCCCAUCGAUGUGAAACAGUUCAUGGCCCCUUACAGCUUGGACGUUGUGACCAGCGCGUCCUUCGGUGUUGAGGCAAACGCCAUGAACAAUCCAGACGACCCGCUGAAUGUUCAUCUCAAGAACAUCCUCAACUUCAGACUGUGGCCUAUCAUUAUACUAUUGAUAUUUCCCUUUGGUGCCCGGCUGUUGACGCUCCUGAAACUCGAGAUGAUGGAUAGAGUCAGUGUGGAUUAUUUCUACGACGUCAUCAAGCGCUUCAAACGCCAGCACGGGAAAGACGACGCUACGCGAGCGGACUUCCUGCAGGUGAUGAUUCAGAACGAGAUACAAGAAGCGGACAUAAAGAGUGAAGAGGAUCAGCCAAGCAAAGGUUUGACGGAGCACGAGAUCCUUUCUCAGGCUUUAAUUUUCAUCUUUGGCGGGUAUGAGACCACCAGCACCACGCUCACUUUCCUCCUCUACAACCUGGCCAUCAACCCUGAUGCCAUGCGGACCCUGCAGGAGGAAAUCGAUGCCAACAUCCCGAGAGAUGCUCCGCUUCGCUACGAGGACGUGGUCGGCCUGCAGUACCUCGACCAGGUCCUUUUGGAGUCACAGCGCCUGAUCCCCACCGCGCCUCGGCUCGAGAGGGUGUGCAAAAAAACCACCCAGGUCCACGGCCUCACCAUCCCCAAAGGAACCCUGGUGGGCAUUGCGGUUAACUUGUUACACACGGACCCGCGCUUCUGGAGCUCACCGCAGCUUUUCAGGCCCGAGAGGUUCAGCAAGGAGGGCGGGGAGGAGGUGAACCCGUACGCCUACAUGCCGUUCGGGCUCGGCCCCCGCAACUGCGUCGGGAUGCGCUACGCUCUCCUCACCAUGAAGGCGGUCCUCGUCCGUCUCCUGCAGAGUUACAACGUGGAGACGUGCAAGGACACCAUGAUUCCGUUGGAGAUUAACUGGAAGGCCCAGCCGGUGAAGCCAAUCAAGCUCCAGUUUGUUCCCAGAGAACUGUAGUUCAAGUCAGAGCUUCUGACAUCUCUGCUUCUGAAUAGAAUUUAAAUUCAAAGUACUACUAAGUAAUACUGACACUGGUAUUUGAAUGUACUUUUUGUUGAUAAAUCAAAUGUAUUUGAUGAAUUGAAUAAAAGCGAGGGGUCCUUUUUAUUAAUGUCAAAAGAGGCAAGUCCUCUAUUUCAGCUCUUUGACACAUUAAUGUCUCUCUAACAAAAAAACUUUUCACUAUUAUACUUUGCCAUUAAAGCUUUUCACUGUAAAAUGGAUAAUUAUAUCUCAAGUUCGUCCAUGCAUAUGUAUGUAUGUAUGUAUGUAUGUAUAUAUGUAUAAAUAAAUCAAUGCACAUGUUUUAUGAAUAUUUACGUCGUUUACUGGAACAACUCAACAGGCCUCCUGAGUGCAGUUCUCCAUCGGUCCACCAGGUGUCCCCUGACUCCCUCCUGUCCUGGUCACCUGAUUCUUUCAUUCUCCCGAUCAC